AUGUGUAAAUUUGUUGAAGAGAACAACCGUGAAUUUGUUGAUCAGCCUAAUAAGCAUUUCCUUCCAUCCGAACAACACUUCACUAAGCUUCAAAAGCAUGUUAUACAUAGCAUGUCUAAGUUGAUUUUGGGUCCGGUUAAGACGUUUAAUGUUAUGAAGACUGUUUUUGGUGGUUUUGAAGAUGUGAUCUCAAGUAAAGUUGAUUUUACGAAUUACAAGAGGGUACUUUGUGGUUUUGUACCUUUUGCUGAUAUAGAUAAUCACCACAACAAUGUCACAUUUAGUGAUGCAGUAUUGGCGUCAGAAACAACUGAUACAUGCAUAUGGUUGUUGAGAGUGUUUUUAAAAGCUGCUGGUGAUCAACCGAAAGUUGUUGUUACUGACCAAGAUCCAACAAUGAAGAAGACUAUUUUUGUUUUUGAAUCUGGUUGGGAAGAGGUUAUUAAGGAGUUCAAUCUAGCUGAUAACGACUGGUUAUCUGAUGUUUUUGCUCUUAAGGAAUCAUGGAUCCCUGCAUUCUAUAGGAUUGGGUUUUUAUCGGGUCUUAUGCUUACGACAUCGAGGUCUGAGAGUGAAAACCACUUAUUUGGUCAAGUUAUGUCAACCUUUUUUCUAUUUUUGGGUGCAUGCAAUGUUUUGAAAGUCGGAUUGCACCAGCAGUUGUUCAUGCAGGCGUUUCGAGCAGUUUAG